GAUGGGGUGGACGGGUGGAUGGACGGAUGGACGGAUGGAUGGGUGGGUGGAUGGAUACACACUGCCUACGUAGAUGUGUAGGUCAGUCUCAUUCCUAUCUCUUGAAAUCCGUCCCCAUGGUAGGAUGAGGAAAUGCAGGUGGGGAGAAAGUCAGGCUUCCGCUUACCCAUCAGAAGCUUCCUUAUUCCAUGAACUCUGAACCCCUAAUGGAGUAAAGGACAUCAUCAUCUCUUUGCCCUGACUCAUCUCCACUGCAUGGAAGAUGGCAACUCCCAGAGGCCCACAAAUGAAUCAUCAGUUCCUGGUCUUCCACAGCAAAAUUCUGACCCUCUUCCCAAGCCCAGCACCCCCUUCCCCCGCUGGGCCCCAAUUCCCUAACAUUUUCUCUUCUUCACCAGGCAUCUCUCAGGAAUAUCCCAAGAUUCUCAACGGCACCAAUGGGACCAGCGGGUUUCUCCCGGGUGGCUACACCUGCCGCCCCCACUCUCAGCCCUGGCAGGCAGCCCUGCUAGUGCAAGGGCGGCUGCUCUGUGGGGGAGUCCUGGUCCACCCCAAAUGGGUCGUCACUGCAGCACAUUGUCUGAAGGACGGGUACAGAGUUUACCUGGGCAAGCAUGCCCUGGGGCGCGCAGAGGCCGGAGAGCAGGUGAGGGAGGUAGUGCGCUCUAUCCCCCACCCUCAAUACCAGAUCAGCUCCACCCACCUGAACCAUGACCACGACAUCAUGCUUCUGGAGCUGCAGUCCCCCGUCCAGCCCACGAACCACAUCCGUGUCCUGCCUCUCUCCCACAACGACGGUCUCCCUGCUGGCACCUGCUGUCGGGUGUCUGGCUGGGGCACCACAACCAGCCCCCAGGUGAGUUACCCCCAAACCUUACAAUGUGCCAACAUCCAGCUACGCUCAGACGAGGAGUGUCGUCAAGUCUACCCGGGGAAGAUCACACCCAACAUGCUUUGCGCUGGCACAAAGGAGGGCGGCAAGGACUCCUGCGAGGGCGACUCCGGGGGCCCCCUGAUCUGUAACGGAACACUCCAUGGCAUCAUCUCCUGGGGAGACUUCCCAUGCGGGCAGCCCAACCGGCCUGGCGUCUACACUCGAGUCUCUCGAUAUGUUCUAUGGAUCCGAGACACAAUUCGAAAACACAAAACCCAGGAGCAGAAAUGGACAAAGGGCCCACAAUAAAAGCCGGGUUGGCUCACCUGCCUGCUUCCUCCCUCCGUGCCCUCCUCAGUCCAUUUGCCUGGUUAGCCCAGCCCUUCUCGGCCCCUCCCAAAGCUCCCCUGAACCAGUGAUCCAUGUUCUCAGUAUGUCUGAUCUCAGCUGACAUUUUGUGUUUCAAAAGCAUUCAGUCACUUCCAACAUCAUGGUCUCCCAGGUACUGCAUCCUGAAACACCUCGGUAGUCUCAACAAUCCAACCCAGACGACGUUCCAGGACUCCCACUGUUUCAACAUAAUCCCAGAUAGCCAUCUGAAUGUUCUGUGAAACACCCUUAAUACAUCCAUUGGCCCAUCUCAACAAUAUUCUAUGUCCCGUGAAUGCAACUUUCUUGACAACAUCCUAUACCCCUUCAAAUACUUAUUUAUUGCCAACAUUCUCGACGCUUCUGUGUUUGGUGCUCAAGAAGGUUCUAGACUUCUGUGAUAUUUCACCCUGAAAAUAUUCUCUUGUACCCGGGAUCGGCCCCCACAAUAUUCUAGGCACAUCUGAAUGAUUAAUCACAUCACAGCUAAUACUGAAUCCUCAUAAGAGUUCAUUCUCACAUAGUCUGGGGUCCCCCAAGGGUCCCAUCUCUACCUACAUCCCACAUUUUGCCAGUAUUCCCUGUCUCUGAAUCCCCAUGCCCACUAAAGGUCAAGAGCACCCGAGAUUAGCAUUUUGGGGUUCAGUACCCGAAGGGGUCUCCAUGCCUAGACCCUGUUAUUGGCCAAGUAUUCUGUCCUUUUAUCUCCCCCACAAGCAUCUUUGUUCAGUGACCCCACAUGCAAUGGUUAAAUGCUCAAGCUACUGAGUCCCUGCUUUGAACAAAACAUACAACUCACUGCC